UACAUCGCUCAGAGAAAAUUUCUUCUAAUGUUUAAUCAACUUUAAUAUUCCAUUAUAAAUUAUUGGUUUUAUUGUAUAUUUGUCGGUGUUAAAUUUAAAUUUAUCGAUCAGAAACUUUAAAUACUUUUGAACUAGCAGAGGAUUUUCAAUUUUAACUAAGUAUUCAGGAACAAAACUUCAUGAGGAAAUAAAGAAGUCGUAAUAUCGCAACAUAAAUUGUCGAACACAGUAUGACGGAUCACUAUGUGCGAGAGCUUUUGCGAACAGUUGUCGCUCAAAUUUGCCAGACUAUGGGUUACCAUGUCGUACAAACAACUCCGUUUGAGUUGCUUCAGGAUAUUCUGCAAAGAUUCCUUCAUGAAUUCUCUCGAGACCUGCGAAGACAAGUUGAACAUUAUAAUCGAACAGAGGCAUGCUUGGAUGAUAUUUAUGUUACUCUGAGAAAUUUAAAUAUAAAUAUAAACGAACUGUUGGAUUAUACCAACAACGUGGAGCCAGUGCCCUUAGCUGUGGAAUUACCAAAAUUUCCGGCUCAUAAAAAUACAAACUUGAAUUUUUUGAAGCCUGGAAGUAAGGAAGUUCUUAUUCGGCCUGUUCAUAUAUAUGAGUAUCUACCACCUAUGUUACCAGCAGAUUCAAAAAGUACCUUGCCUUCACAUUACUUACACUCUGAUUCACUAUUCUUUAAAUCGAGUUCGCUUAAUGUGAGUAAUGAUUGCGAGUCUAAAACGGAACGUUACUUGCCUACAUUUGCCAAUACAGUAACUUGUAUGAGUACUCCGAAUAGGCUAAGUGUUUCAAAAGAUUCCCUUGAUCCUUCCCAAGAGGGUGCAAAAGUCACUUUGUGUUCGUCAUCCCAUAUGUUUGAUGAAGAAGGACGUCCUACUAGAGAAAUAAGUAGCGUUGUUAUGACAACAGGCGGCUUUAUAUCCCCAGCAAUUGAAGGAAAACUUCCGGAUAUCAAAGUUCCAAAAUUUGUCGAAAAGCUAAUGGGCUUGGAUGCACCACCGCCCGUAUCGCCUGCUGCAGUUGUAAGUUCCGAAAAACUUCGAAUUGCAGAACACAAGCACCACAGUAAUAAUACCACACCAAAAGCAGGGGUUAGCGAAGCUGUUCCCACCUGUUCAUUUCAAUCAAAACCGCUGCUAAAUGUAGAAAAACCAGAACUUGCUGAUGGCGUAGCAAGACAGCUCCUGGCAACAUCUUCGAAGCAUAUGAUUCCGACCGAAAAUGUAUCUGAUAUAACUAAUAUAAGCGUUAUAAAGAAAGCAGGGUGGAGUCCGUUAACACGCCAUGUGCAGGUGCCAACUAUCGCUACGAAGUUGCUAAAUAAAGCAAAAAAGAAAAGUCCACUUGAUCUACAAAGUGCAUUGAUAGCAAAAACUAACCUACCAAAUGCCGAAAAUACUAAAUCUUCCUUGAUAUCACCUCGAGUGGAAAAUUCGGAAAGACUUAAUAAAAAGACCAAAAAAAUUUUGCAAAAUUUGUUAAAGCCAGGACUCGAAUCAUCCCCAAUUUCAUCAGAUUAUAGUAAUUCUGUUCUUCAGCGCCAUAAAAUCGAGAAGUAUCUAAAAAAACAGUCAAAACAUAAAAAAAAAAUACUGCGUAAGCAAAAACAGAGCGAUGUAUUGAAAAAUUUGGAGAUAACAAAAGUUCUUGGAGAUAAACUACUGGUGCCACAACCAUCGAGUACUAAAACCUUAAGCGAUAUUUCAGUUAUUAAAGAUAGUUUUCUUCCUGAAGCUUCAAAGGAAAAAAUGUGUAUUCUGAAAGCCAGCUUAUCGGAUGUUUCUCCUCCUUUCUCUCAAUGUAGCACUACCGAUAAUAAUUUUUGCGUUAAAAACACUGAAAAUGCUGUUGAUAAUGUAAAGCUGUCUCCAAAUGCUACUUUUCUUGAAAAAAAAAUCUUGCCGGGUGUUAAAUUAUCGACAGAGCUUGAUAAAAAUAAAUUAAAUAUUUUUAAAAAAAUUUCGAAACAAAAGUCACAAAAACCAGCAUCGCCGAACAGUCGCCUGCCUUCGACACAAUUGUCUGGAGGAAAUGAUGGUCAAUUUAUCAACCUUCCUUGCGGUACCACAAUUACACCCACGCCUACCAAUCUAAAAUGUAUGAUAGCAAGCGACACAAAUGUGCACAUUUCCGAUCAAUUAGAAAAAAAAUCAAAGGUGUCGGUUAAUUGCGAGGUAAGUGCUGCUGGUUUGGUCGAGAACAUCUCUGCUAACAACAUUACAGACGUUGUUAUUCCAAACCAAAUAAACCAACUGCCAUUACAAAUUGGCGAAGGUACUAAACCUAAAAAACGUGGUCGUAAGCCAGGAAGCAAAAACUUACCAAAACAAACAAUUGUAAGUCCUAUUGGCUCAAAUGAUCUUUCACAUGGGAAGAAAACGAAAAAGUUUAAAACUUCUAAAUACGAUCAACAAUAUCCUCCUCAUUUAGAAACAAAAAUUUCAGUGGAACUAACUAAUCCCGUCGAUAAUAUGAUUCCAACUUUAUAUUGUAGCGGUGAUGCCAUUACCUCUAAUCUAUCAUUGAAUAUAAAGGACAUUCGGAAAGAACGAAAGAAAACCAAAUCUAAAAAUUUAAUUGUGAAUAUGUCCAUGACCGAGCCAAACGAAUAUAACGCUGAAACCGUCUUUCCAACUAAAGAAGAAGUCAGUACUAUAAACAAAAAACUUAUGCGGAUGGACACAAUUUUACAACCAUUAGGAUCAUUUAAUGAUGCUAUGGUUGAUCCGAAUUCGGAUAUUGUACAAACUUUAUCUCAUAAGGCAUUGCCUUAUAAGUCUCCUACAAACAGAAAGAGGCUUUCUCCACAAAUUCCGCUCCAAUUACAUACAAUUCCAAGUGUAAUGCAUGAUGCCCAUCAGUCGUUUAUGCCUAAACCGGUAUUGGGCGGGAUUCCUGACCUCUUGAAACUCUGUCCGUUUCCGUCUGGGCCUGGUCUCAUACCGCAUACUGCUCAGAGUAUGUUAUUUCCGCGCCUACCACCAACAUUUCAUCUACCUAUUCCAAAUUUGCGACAACAAAGCACCGCGAAGCCGACAAAUUUAGAGCCGUCAAUCAGUGGCACAUCGUUGGAACCUACUCUGUUCCAAGCAAGUGGAGAACGUAACUAUUGUAAUGUCCCACCAUUCGUUCCCGAAUCAAUGAAACUUACUUCACCUGAUGUUUUGUCUGAAAUGAGAAAAGCAGAGCGAGAAUGUCCAAAAACUCCCAAGCUUCACCACUCGACUACGGUCAGUGAAAAAAUAUUAAAUACUCCAGAGCUUUGGAGUACGCCUGAAUCGGGUUCCAAGUCGGUACCACCCACGCCAGGUGGUAUGUCGUUGAAUACAUACGAGCUUCAUUUACAAAAUGAUCGUGCUACUAAAUCUCCAGUAUUCGUCGGUAGUAUAAAUUCUAAACACGCAUCGUCUAGCAUAGAUUUAGCGAAAUCUUCCGCAGCGACGUCUAUUCCUAAUACCGAAGACCCUAUAGAAUUAUCUGAUGAUUCCAUUGAAUACUCAACAAUCAUGUUGAACUCUUUAAGUUCGACCAGUUCUAAGGAUUUGCAUCAAAGUCAACUUCAAUUACCAACAAAGUCUCUAAAUUUUUCUCAAAUCGAGGAUUAUGUACCUAUUCGAAAGGAUAUAACAAACAAAUUAUCAGGUGAUCUUUAUUUGGGCUCAAAGGAUCAAAAAAUAUUCCAAAAGGCCAAUAAACUUCUCAAAACUACUAAAAACUUUCUCCCAAUUGAACCAGAAAAUUUGUCCCAAAUAGAUAUAUUUAGCUCCGAAAAACAUGGCGUCGGUAAAUUGGCAGGAGGUGCGGAUUUGAUACCAUUGAUUUCAACUGGUUCGGCGUAUUCUGCAAAAACUAUACCGUCAACUAGCUUAACAGCAACUGUAUCAGCUCCAUUUACACUGUCCAAAAAAGAUAUUUAUUCAACCAAUGCGUUUGAAAAUUCAUUAUUAUCAACAAAUAUAACAGACAAUGAAUUUCUGUGCAUAAAUAAUGAACUUCAGAGAAAGAAGAAAGAUCACAAAAAGGUAAAAAAGUUGAGAGACGACAAAACCAAAAAGAAGAAGGAUAAAAAGUCAAAAUGUAAAGAACGCACAGAUCACCACGAAAAUGUUGUAAAUAGAAUUGAAAAGAGUCAUAAAGAGAAACUAAAAGAUUCUGUAAGGUGUGACGAAGAACAGCAACUAGUGAAUAAAGAUUUAUUGAAAAAGUUAAAAAAGGAAAAAAAGAAAAAAAAUAAGCAGCUAUUUACGGAGGAAUUGGUGCAGACUGUCAAGAAACAUGCCACUGAUACUCCAGGAAUAAGCGGUGUUGGAAAACCAGCAACUAUGUUCUCAAUGUUCAGUACAUCAACAAAUUUGUCGGCUACAACAAAUUUAUCUAGUUCAACUCAAUCGUUUGUACCUAAAUUGACGCUUAAGCUUGGUAACUCACAAUCGCCUACACCGGAUGAAGAUACAUCACAUAAGAAAUAUUUUAGUACAAGUAAAACUUUGAAUGAGUUUGAAAGAAAGCGGGAACCAUCACCGGAACUAGCUAGAAUUUCACCACUAGUAACACGCCCACAAAAGCAAAAAUUUAACUUGGCAGCUGAAACUCUAACAUCUGCAUCGAAUCAAAUAACUGCGAGUGGAGGUAGUGGUAACUCCGUUUUCGACUCGAUAAAUGAGAAUAAAGUUAACACUGUAAGUGCAUCGAAAAAUUCAUGCGUACAUUCCUGUGAACCCUCACGAAACCCAUGGUCAUCAGGUGGCACAUUAUCAGCAAGUUCUGUUCUACUUCCACAGCAGUUGUUGCAACCCUUGAAAUCUCAGGAAUCUUUAUCGCUCAGCAGUAAAGUAGAUGGUGGACUAUUACCCAAUUCAAAUAUAAACACUUCUCGUUCUUUGGACUUUGCAGCUCGUCACAGUCCUGUUCCUUUAAUUUCAGAAACAAGCCGCCCUUCGUCGUACAUUGACGCUGAGGGCAAUCGUGUCUGGAUAUGUCCGGCAUGUGGAAAGGUAGAUGAUGGUUCUCCCAUGAUUGGCUGUGAUGGUUGUGACGCUUGGUACCAUUGGAUAUGCGUGGGAAUUACUAUUGCACCGAAAGACAAUGAAGACUGGUUUUGUCGUGUUUGUAUAACCCGUAAAAAGGGUAUCCACGCUACUGAUAAGAAACGUAAGCGGAGCAAAAAAAAGUAAUACCUCUCCAAAUUAAUAAUAGAGUAAUAAUAACAACAAAAACUCAAAAUGGUACUGAGCACAAUUUUCUUAAGUAAUAUUAGCUCUACUUACAUUGAUCGCACAGACUUCAGUUGUACCACUUACACUACAAUAAUUACGUAUUUUCUGAGUUACUCCUAUUCACUUCAAAACAUUUAUUAACUUGUUAGUUAUUAUAAUUCACUUAAUAUUAUUUAGAUCUUGUAGUUAAUAUUUGUAAUAUAUAAAUUCAUCGUGUUUUCCUGCUUUCA